AUGGGCAUCCUCGUCGCGGACUACGGCAGCGACAGCGAAGGCGCGAGCGACGGCGACGGCGACGACGCCGCCGGAGGCGAGAUCGUCCUCGAGCCCGCGGAGGCGACGACCGCGCCGGCGCGGGGAGGAGACGGAGAGGCCGGCGGGGAAAGGGAACGCGACGACGCGCCCGCGGGGACGUCGACGAAGCGCGCGCUCGAGCCGGAGACGCCGCCGGAGGCGUCCAAGUACGUCGCCUACGGCGGCGGGUGGUACGACAGAGCCGGGAACUACUGCUGGAUCUCCCCGGACGGGACGCUGCAUCUGCUGAGGCCGGGGGCGACCGAGCCGGAGAUCAGCGCCGGCGACGACAAAGGCGGCGGCGACGCCCCCGCGAACGACGCCAAACGCGUCAAGGCGGCGGACAUCGCGUCGGAGUCGAUGGAGUUCCCGCAGCACAAGAUCUCGAUCCUCCGCGGCGACGGCGUCAAAGCCAUCGCGACGAAAACGGGCGCGCGGCUGCGAAUCACCGAGGGGAAGAUGAAGACGGGGAGCGUCCGCAAGGGGAUCAUGUCGACGCUGACGAUCACGGGGACGCGCGACGCGGUGAAGUUGGCCAAGGCGGACGCGAUCGCGAUGCUGGAUGCGAACGGCGCGCGCUCGACGAAGGACGCGUCGACUGGGAAGUACGAAUUCAAGGGACGGCAAGUUUACAACGACACGUACGUCAACGGAGAGAAGCCGCGCGUCGCGCCGGAGUUUGACUGGCGGCACAGCGGCAUGGGGUGGGAUAACGGCGGUUUGACGGGCACGGACGGCGCGUGCGGCGCGCACUGCACGUGGAAAAAGUCGUAG